AUGGACAAGGAAGCAUCUAGUGAUAUGUGCAGCUCAGUCCAAAUGGAGCUAGAAGAGAUAUCCAGCAAAAUAGCAGAUCUAGACAAGUGGAGAAAGAUUUUCAACGUUCGUGGGUUGGAGAUCAGUCACAGGACCUUUCAGAAAUACCAAGACUGUAAAUCUGAUAAUGAUAAAGAAGAUGCCUGUGGAACAUGUCAAAAUAUAAACCCCUCAGAACAGAGCAGGUUUCCAUUUAAUACUUUAUAUUCAAUUCCCAAAGCUGUAAUCAUUUCAUCAGACCUAGGAGGGCAUCCCAUCUUAUUGGAAAUGGCUCUGGAAUUGCGAAGGAUGUUAUUUGGAAACACAUUUCAAGUCUUCAACUAUGAAUGGAAAAGAUCAUAUUUCAGGUUUCACCACCCUUUUACUGAUUUGGCCUAUGCCUUAGAGAUGGAUAAGGGUGGAGCCUCAGCAAUCCAGAUGGCAGUUCAGGUUCACAUCAUGAAACACUUUUUGUUUGUACAAAACAAAGAAGUAAAUAUCUCCCUUCAAAGUAUAUCUGACAUAAGCCUUAAAGAGCAAGAAAAAACUCUUACGACAGCACUAGCCGAUAUUCUGUGGACAGCAGGAGAAAGUCAGAGAGCGACUAUCUGCCUUAUCACGGAUGGUGCUUACUUUACUGCAAAUAUAGACUAUGAAGUGGAUCACUUUACUGAACAAGUUCAACUGUUUGACUUUUUUGAGAAAGAAACAAUGCAGCAGUUUAUCUUGAAUCACAUACACUGCCUAAACUCUGAAGGAAGUCAUGGGGUGAUCUUAUUUCUGUAUAGUUUACUUUUCUCCAGAACAUUUGAAAGGCUUCAGAGAGAUCUCGACUUCACCACAACUCACUUGUUACAUUGUCAACAUGGAGACAUUAGCUGCAGACAAGCAAUUCUGAAUCUCAUUUUAACAGGCAGGGCAAGUCCACAUGUGUUCAAUGGAUGCCAAAGGCUUGACACUGAAGGCAGCGUGCAAAAAGUACUGCAUGGCAUUCUCUCGCGUAGUGAUGUUGGCUACUUACGAUGGAGCAGGGAAGAAGCAGAACAGUACAGAUCUCUACAGGUUGGAAGCAUGUUGAAGACACCAAAAUUGCCAAUAUGGCUGUGCAACAUAAAUGAAACAUACAGCAUUCUCUUCAGCUUAAACAGGUUGCUAUUGUCUGAUUGGAAAAUGGAACAUCUCUUUGAUUUAUAUUUUUAUAAAGGCAAGCCCUCCCAAAAGAAAACUAUUCAUCUAACAAUAGAUACACAUUCUCAUCACUGGGAAGAAAACCAUUGUGUGGAUGACAGGGAUCCCAACAAGAGAGUGCCAUCUCUGGAAAUGGCCAUUCGAACUAAAUGGGAAGGAGCUGCCAUCAGCUGGAAUGGGACAACUCCUUUCUUCUGAUCCAUGGGACUGGAGGAGAUGGUCAUCUUUAAAGGUGCUGCCCACAUGAAAGUGAGAAGAAGGAAGACAGUGUAUUACUAAUUUUAAAAGUUGCUACUGCGAAUUAUAGAAAAAAAUUAGCAUAACUCACUCAAUUGCUAAAUCACUCAAUACAUCAAGAUACAAUAGAUGGUAGCAAGAUGAGUAUUUGUCUGUACAGUCAUCAUUUAGUGACCACAGUUAGGAUCAGCAACUGGUCGCAACUGAAAAUGUGCAAUAAGCAGUCUUGCUCUUGAAUAGAGGGAAUGGUGAAAAUUAUGCAAAUAGUAUUAUUCCUCGUGAACAUAGUUUUAUGUGAUGUCAGGCACAAAAAAAAACCACUUCUAUUUUGAAGGUUUUCUUAUGGCAUAGAAAACAUCAUUAAUUUUAAAAAAUAGCCAGGGUAUGAAUCUCAGUUUUAUUGAACAAGUCCAAACAGACCUAAUCAAAAUAGCCAAUGAGCUGAUGCUUGAACUGUAGCUUAUUGAUAUCUCACUGGUUCUCAGUUAUGUGUUCAGAAGCUCAUUAUAAGCAGAACUGAUUUUCUUCAGAUUAAUGCUAUCACAGCAUCAAUCAACGAAGUGAUAGACA